UACUACCAUGAACUUAGCCAAUAAUAAAGUGUUAAACCAUAUCAUUUGGUUCUUCACCCCAACACUGGAAUGGAGUCCACGCCACCCAUCUACUGCCUCAAGCUCCUCCUCUUCCUCUCCGUCCUCCUCCACCACCACUUCCCAACCAUAUCAUCAGCCACUUCAACCCCCCUCCUCCCCCAAGAUGCCCUCCCCACAAAAUCCGGUUACCUCCCGGUCAAUUCGACAACCGGUUCAGCCAUUUUCUACACCUUCUAUGAAGCCCAAACGCCCAAUUCACCUCUCUCUAAAACCCCACUUCUCAUUUGGCUCCAAGGAGGCCCUGGCUGCUCCUCCAUGCUAGGCAACUUCUACGAGCUCGGCCCAUGGCGUCUCUCUUCUCACAAGCAAAACGUCGAACACCUUGCGCUCGAACCCAAUUCGGGCUCUUGGAACCGAUUGUUCGGCCUCCUUUUCCUUGAUAAUCCAAUUGGGACAGGUUUUAGCAUCGCAUCGACACCCGAGGAAAUCCCAAGAGACCAACACGGUGUUGCCAAGCAUCUUUUCACCGCGAUCACGUCGUUUGUCGCCUUAGACCCAUCUUUCAAACUGCGUCCGAUAUACAUUACGGGAGAAAGUUAUGCCGGAAAAUAUGUUCCGGCAAUUGGGUACUACAUUCUGAAGAAGAACGCACAAUUGCCGGCAUUGAAGCAGGUGAAUUUGGCCGGUGUCGCCAUAGGGAACGGAUUGACUGACCCGGUGACACAAGUGGCCACUCAUGCUGUGAAUGCUUACUUUUCUGGAUUGAUCAAUCAGAAGCAGAAGACCCAGUUGGAGGAACUUCAAAAUGAAGCUGUUAAACUGACCAAAAUUGGUAAUUGGAGUGUGGCAACAAAUGCAAGAAACAGAGUGUUGAAUAUGUUGCAAAACAUGACAGGACUGGCCACUUUGUAUGACUUCAGAAGGCUUGUUCCUUAUGAAACUAGCCUAGUCAGCAAAUUUUUGGCCAAUGUGGAGGUGAAGAAGGCGUUGGGGGUCAACACAUCGAUGGUUUACGAGGAAUGCAGUGAUGUCGUGGGGGCGGCAUUGCACGAAGAUGUGAUGAAGAGUGUGAAAUACAUGGUGGAGUUUUUGGUCAGGAACACUAAGGUGUUGUUGUACCAAGGGCAUUGUGAUUUGAGAGAUGGUGUGGUGUCGACUGAGGCUUGGGUGAAGAAAAUGAAGUGGGAGGGAAUUGGGAAGUUUAAGGAAGCCGAGCGAAAGGUAUGGAAAGUGAAUGGAUUGCUUGCUGGGUAUGUGCAGAAAUGGGGGAGCUUGAGCCAUGUUGUGGUGUUAGGAGCUGGGCAUCUUGUGCCUACCGACCAGGCGGUCAAUUCUCAGGCAAUGAUAGAAGACUGGGUUCUGGAGAGAGCAUUGUUUGCCGGUGAACAGAUUGGGAAUCCGUCUGCAAACUUCCGCGGUGCACUUUGAAAUUUGACUACUUGUUGUAUCUGUUCUUCUUGUUGUAUCAACUUGUUAGCAAUUAUUAGUCAUGGGCAGGCCAAGAAAAAUGGAGAUCAUGAAGUUUGGCAUUUGUAGUGAGAAAUAAAAACCCAUGCUUUUAGUAACUGGAAAUGGAAUUGAUUUGGAGGAUUCAGUCUCUUUUGGUUUACCUACUGCUAUGAUAAUUUGCUUUUUUUGCA